AUGCAGUCAGCUGUGUUUCUGAUUCUGUGCUUCCCGGCCAUUCUAUGCCAGACAUUGAACAGACACGUGUAUGUGUACAAUGGGUACGGUUCGGAUAAGAUACACGUGUCGAGGUUGGUGGAGCACUUAAGAGUUCGCCUGGAUGCUUCAUAUGAUGUCGCCACCAUCGGGGCAAACGCCGUCAAAGCAGGUGCAUGGGCGAAAGACGCAGCUCUGUUUAUGAUGCCGGGAGGGUUCGAUUUAGGAUUCAUUGAAUCUCUAGGUGACGAAGGCGCCGAGGAGAUCAAGAAGUACGUCAGAGAAGGCGGGUCCUACCUCGGCCAGGGUGCGGGGUCCUACUUCGCCUGCGAUAGUAUUCAGUUUGAUAUAAACGGCACGGAUGAGGUGGUCGGAGACCGCCCUCUCAAGUUCUAUCCAGGCAUAUGUAGCGGACCAGUAUAUGCUCCGUACCAUUACAAUGACUACAGUGGUGCCCGGGCUGCACCGAUCGACUUCGAGUUUAUUUCUCCAACCACUGGUGACGAGGAGGAGUCUAUCAACAUGAGGGCAUACUACAAUGGCGGGAACACUUUUCAAUUACCAAUCGACAACGAAAACAGAACAUGUGUAACGCUAGGGUCUUACACGGAGAGGAUCGACAACCCAGCCAUCGUCAAGUGUAAUAUCUACGAUGGUAUAACGGUCCUAGCAGGCGUUGAAAUGCAAUUCGGCAGCACCCACCUCGAUUCCAAUGACCACUUCUUGUCGGUAAUAAAGCAGCAACUGAAGCCAUACGAAUCUUCCAGGCUCCGUGCAUAUGAUUCAAUUCUCCGCCAUCUCGGCCUGACCACACGAUUUGCCUCUGCUCUUUAAAUGAAUAGAUAUAUUACCCACCUAUCAAUAACUGACAACAAAAUGAAAGAUGUACGACAAAGACCUACAAGGAACUAACAAUAAAGUGAAGGGAGUGUUACACAUACUAUACUUUGACAUUAAGUAAAUUAGGAUAAAUAACACAAUUACAACAACAUCACUUUGAG